AUGAGUUUGCUUGCUUGUUUAAAAAGAUAAAAAAUGGAAAAUUAAAUCAUUUUUGGGAUAGUAGCAAUAAUGUUAAUUUCAUCAAUAUUAAUUGGGAUUGCAUUUCUUAUUUAGAAUAUAGUGCUUUUUAAAAUGAUUGAAGCUUCGUCUUCUAUAAUAUUUAUAAGACAAGAGAAUAACUCAAUUUAGAACCUUGGCUAAUCAAUCAAAAAUUAUUUUAUGAGAAAACAUGAAUUAUGUAUCAAGCUGUUCUAUAUAUAGACAUCCAUAGAUUGAACAAUAUCAAUAAAUUAUUUUAAUAUUACUCAGAAAUUGAAUCGAAGGUGAAGAAGAUGGAUUAUUUGGAGUACUGUCUAUUUUAAUAAGACAUAUAAAAAAAUUAAAUACGAUAUUCUGCAGCUUAAUUCUGUUAUUAAGCUUGUGGAGUAUAUGAUCAUUUUACUUUGCCUUAGAAUGAUAGAAUGAUAGAGAUUUUUAAUUAAACAACUCAAAUAUUGAAUUAAUUCACUAUCAGUUUUCCAGUAACUUUAGAAUCGAUUUUAUCAUAUGCAGAUCUAUCAGAAACACAAUUUUAUGCUGCUUAUCCUCUUGCCUAUUCGGUAUAAGGUUAUUAACCAAAAAAAAGACUAUGGUACACUAAUCACAUUUAAUAAAUGAAUCGAAAUUUAAAUAGCGAUUUAUUUUAUUCUCCUGCUUAUUUAGUUGUCCAUCUUUAGACUUAUGCCAUAUCAUUAACUCAUACAUUAUUCAAUUAUGAAAAUGAAAAAAUUGGAUUGGCCUAAUAAAUGAUAUAAUUAGUUGAUUCAGCCAUUUAAGAUCUUCCUUAUAAUGCUUUAUUAAUAAAUAAUGAAGGAUAACUAGUAUUAAAUGCAGCAGAUUUUGAAUAUGACCCUAAAAAUAUUAAUUAUAUAUAUAACUAAACAUUGACAGGCUUCAAUAAAAGUGAUUGGGAAUUCAUGCAAAAACUUUCAAAGAAUAGAACUAAUGUAGAAAAUUGUAAUAAUUUUCAAAAUGUUUAUUGCCUGUAUGAUAAAUUGAAUAAUUCUACUAUAAUUGUAUUUACAAGUCAAUUGAAAAAUGAAAACUUUACUAUUUUAUUGUAUUAUUAUUUUUGAUGAUAAUUUAGAUAUACAAAUUUUACCUUGCAGUCAUAGAUAAAUGAACAAAUGGCAUUACUAUAAUUAGGGUUAUUAGAAGUUGUUAAAAGAAUUUGCUUUGAACAUUUAGCAUGUAUAAUAUUUAUAACAGCAGUUUCAAUGUUAGCAUCUAGACUGCUCUUUUUACCUUUAAAAUAUUUAAUGAAAAGUAUAAAAAAUCAUAUUUUAUAAAUUGGAAACAAUUUAAAUACAGAGGUAUUUAAAAUUUUACAUAAUGGAUAAAGGAGAAGAGGUAACACUUUUUCUAAAUUAACUUUUGAAAUAUUAAAAUUUUAGGAUAUUUUAAACAAUAGAAAAUCUUAUAGAAAUCCAAUCUGUCAUUAAAUAGAAAACUUUUAAUACAAGUUUAAGAGAGAGGGAGAGAGGAAAACCAAUUUCAUUUUUGAUGACAUAGAUUUCUUAAGUAAUAAUUAACAAAAUGAAUUAUCUGAAAAGAAACUUUAUUUAAUGUGCAAACAAUUAAUUCAUGAUAAAUAUAAAUAUCAAAAAGAAUGUAGCUGA